ACGAUGCCCCGCAGCCCCGGCGCGGCCUGAAGCCAUCUUGCCCCGCGCGUGUCCCGCAGAGCCAGCGCCGCCAUGGACGUGUUCAUGAAGGGCUUGUCCAAGGCCAAGGAGGGGGUGGUGGCCGCCGCCGAGAAGACCAAGCAGGGGGUGGCCGAGGCGGCCGAGAAGACCAAGGAGGGCGUCCUCUACAUGGGAAGCAAGACUCAAGGCGUGGUGCAGGGCGUCACCUCAGUGGCUGAGAAGACCAAGGAGCAGGCCUCCCAGCUGGGCGGCGCCGUCUUCUCGGGGGCCGGCAACAUCGCGGCCGCCACCGGGCUGGUCAAGAAGGAGGAGUUUCCCACUGACCUCAAGCCGGAGGAGGUGGCGCAGGAGGCUGUGGAGGAGCCGCUGAUCGAGCCCCUGCUGGAGCCGGAGGGCGAGAGCUACGAGGAGCCACCGCAGGAGGACUACCAGGAGUACGAGCCCGAGGCGUAGCAGCUGCGGCCCCGACUCUUCCACCAGCAGCACAAGACCCAAGCCGCCCGUGCCCGCCCCCCGUGCUGGGGCCAGCGGGCAGUGGAGCCCCGUCCCCCCAUCCCUCACGAGUUCUUCCUCCGGUCCGGCCCCAGGGACCUGGCCGCGUCCAUGUCUCCAUGUCGUGUUGUGUAGCGUGCCCGGAGCCCCCCCUGCUGCCCGUGUGACCAGGCGUGCGCACCCCGUGUCCCUCCCGGGGCUGCCCACCCUGCGCCCACGCGUGUGCUGCCCAUCCCGCUGUACAUUGGCCUGCACGUGCCUCGGCCCCCUGCCCCGCAGCCCCCCCUUUCCGCUCCCACGCUCUGUGUUGUGACCGUGGCAUGGACGUGCCCCCCGCUGUCGCCGUGUGUGUCGUGUGCCGCGGGCGGCUGCCAGUGACACAGCCGCCCCGUGUCCGUGAAUAAAGACAACUCCUGUCUGUA